CUCAAUUAGAAAAAGACAUGAACCAAAAAUUUGUCGGGUUACCUUUGAGCGAGACAGUUCACAAGUGCAGUAUCUCGAAUCAACCUAAUAGAGCAAAUAAGCCUAAAUCAGACUUUAAAAUUCCCGAUAAACGGUUUGUGUGGAUUAAGUUAAAAGCUUUGGUCAAAAUGAGGGAUUGGGAAGAACUGGAUCGAUUUUCAAAGUCAAAGAAAUCACCUAUCGGAUAUGAGCCAUUUGUUGAAGAGUAUAUUAAGGCCACACAACAAAGUGAGGCUGCUAAAUACAUUCAAAAAUGUGAUCCUGCAAUUCGACUCGGCCUAUAUAUAUCUGCAGGUCAAGAAGCACUUGCGUUAAAAGAUGUUCGGUUAUUGCGAGAAAUAAGAAGCAAAUGUGCUGAUCAAAUAAUUGCGCUAGAAUUGGAUGCCUAUAUCGCUCAAGCAACCGCAAGAUAG